AUGCAUAUAGUCAUCUUUGGGACGUGCGACUCUAAACUUGACGAGUUGCUCUACUUGAGAGCACAGAUAGUCCAACUCGGCGGCAAAGAUUGCAAAGUCACAUUGGUGGACGCCGGCCGUUCUCCAGUUCAACACGAAGCGAUCACCGUCUCACAGGACACUUUGACCUCGAAGUAUUCUCCGGACUCGUCACAAGAUGUAAAUAAGCUGUCUCGAGGCGAUGUUAUCAAGCACAUGAUUACCUGCGCGUCGAACUGGCUGAAAGAAGCGCUCCAAAAGGAAAAGGAUGAACCCUCACAAGCUAUCCACGGUGUGAUCAGCGCAGGAGGCACCGGAGGCACUUCCCUUUCUUCUGGAGUUAUGAAAGACGUACUACCAAUUGGCUUUCCGAAGCUUAUUGUUAGCACUGCCGCAUCGGGCGACACUGGACCUAUCGUUGGAGAGACAGACAUCACCUUGACCUAUUCUGUUGUCGAUAUUGCUGGUACCAAUAGCUUGUUGAAGACAAUCUUGUCCAAUGCUGCGGGGGCAAUUGUAGGCAUGGCGCAGGCUUAUGAAACUCGAUCAAAAUCUGAGGCGGCGACUUCAAGCGGCUCCAAGCAGCGCAAACGUGUCGGAUUGACAAUGUUUGGUGUCACCACUCCAUGCGUUGACAAGAUACGAGAGCACCUUGAAGGCAAGUACGAGAUCGAAUGCUUCGUCUUCCAUUGCACUGGCCACGGCGGGAAAGCCAUGGAAAGACUAGUCGAGCAAGGUGAACUUGAUGCCGUGCUGGAUGUAACGACGACCGAGAUUUGCGACUAUCUCUCUGGAGGCGUCAUGAGUGCAGGAGAGCAUCGACUUGAAGCCACGUUGAAGGCGGGCAUACCGUGCAUUAUCAGCGUCGGCGCAACAGACAUGGUCAACUUCGGGCCAAAGGGCACCGUUCCAGAGAAGUACAGAGAUCGAAAGCUCUACGAACACAACCCGACAGUAACCCUCAUGCGAACCUCUCCAGAAGAGUGUAAACAGAUCGGAGAGUUCAUCGUGCAGAAGAUCAAAUCUGCUGCGAGCGAUACAGCCAAAGUCCAGGUUGUGCUGCCAAAGGGUGGUGUCUCCAUGAUUGCGACUCCAGAUUCUCCAUUCUAUGACGCUCAGGCCGACGAGGCAAUCUUUUCCACGAUCAAGAAUGGACUUCAAAAUACCGAUGUUCAGUUGGUCGAGGACAACCGCGCUAUCAACGAUGAGGGGUUCGCCGUGGACAUUGCAGAAAGACUGGUCUCGAUCAUGGACGUCGCCUCUCGAAGGUGA